UGUAGUUAACUAAUAACUACCUAGCAGACUAGAAGUUGAAGAAUUGUUGAAGGCAGGCUCCGUUUACCCUCUCAUUCUGCUCUAAUUUUUCUGCUGCUGAGAACUCAUCAGAAAUGCAAGAUCCGCCAAAGACAAAUCUGAACACGAGCGAAACGGCGCCGCUUCCGACAGCAUCAUGGCCGCCGCACCACCGGAGAGCCCAUUCAGAAGUAAACUUCCGUCUGCCGGAGGAUCUGGAUCUGGGGUCCGAUCCGUUCGAAUCCGCUCCGGCUGGGAGCUUCGAGGAAAUCGGUUCAGAGGAGGAUCUCUUCUCCUCUUUCAUGGACAUCGAGAAGCUUGGCGGAGUCGGAUCAACGGCUGAACCGGAUGAGGCAUCACUUAACCGGCCGCGCCACAGGCAUAGCAACUCGGUGGAUAGCUCCGGUUUGGUGUUUAGUGAAAGUGUUAUUGAGACUAAGAAAGCCAUGGCCCCUGAUAAGCUGGCUGAGCUCUGGUCCAUUGACCCCAAGCGAGCCAAAAGAAUCCUGGCGAAUAGGCAGUCAGCUUCCAGAUCAAAAGAGAGGAAAGCGCGAUAUAUGACUGAAUUAGAGAGAAAAGUUCUGACCCUUCAAACAGAGGCGACCACUCUUUCAGCACAACUUUCUCUUUACCAGAGGGACACAACAGGACUUUCACAUGAGAAUACAGAGCUCAAGCUUCGUUUGCAAGCCAUGGAGCAACAGGCUCAGUUGCAUGAUGCUCUGAAUGAAGCACUGAAGCAUGAGGUCGAAAGGCUCAAGAUUGCGACUGCAGAUCCAAUAACAGCAUCGUCAUCAUCAUCAUCAUCUCCCGACACAUAUGGUUUUGGAAUGCACCACCAUUAUCCAUACAAUCAGUCUGCAGCCUACUUUUCACAGUCAUCAGCAGCUCCUUAUUACCCAGCAACAGUGAUGCAGAGUCUACGAGAUACAAUAAUGGGGCAGCAGCAGCAGCAACAGCAAGAUCCUCUAGCUGGUAAUUUUCAGAGUCUUGAUAUCAGUAACAGGAGAGGGUCUCUUCUUUUAAACUGUACUGAUGAAGCCUCUUCCAGCCAAAGCAACAUUACAUCCUCAUGAUUCUACAACAUAUAGUGCAUCAACUCUAUAAUAUAAUGAAGAAUUGUUCAUAAGCUGACACCAUGUGUUUUAACAUCCAGGGAAAAGUCCAUCAUUCUUCUUUCCUUUUUUGGAAUUCUUUGAAUUUAUUUUCCCCUUUGAAUUGAGCUGGAUCAUUCUCAGUAUGUAACCUCUGAAAAUCUUGUUACUCUUUGUUGCUGGGGAAUUUAUUUAAAAUUAUUUUUGGUACAUUGUAAUAGUUGAAGAAAUCUUGUAUUGGUCAUGUAUGGCUUUGUUUUCCCUGUAUUUAUUUUUCGUACUACCAAAAAUGAUCAUAUGAAUAAUGAAUCUAUAUGGUGUUUAAUUU